GAACUAUCUCUAACUAAAACGACUACUCAAAAGUUAUUCACACCUUCACAUACCUACAUCGUGUUUAACACUACCUACACCUGUUCAAUAUGCCUGGACCUCCGAAUAAAAAACAGAAGCGGCAAGACUACCGUCAGGCCUUGAAAGAAAAUGGCACAACCAAUAUGCCUAAGAAGAAAUUCUAUCGCCAGAGAGCGCAUGCAAAUCCUUUUUCAGACCACAAGUUAACAUACCCAAUUAGACCCGACUGUAUGGAUUGGUCCACAUUCUUCCCAUCAUUUGCCGCAGACGCACAACCAAAUCCACUCCCACAGACAUCUGAAGAUGUCAAAGCGAUAUCGAAUCCACCACCGAAAAAAAUGACGAAGGAUGUCGAGGUUGUUGACAUAGGGUGUGGUUUUGGUGGCUUAUUAGUGGCCCUAUCUCCUGUUAUGCCGGAUACCUUGGUUGUGGGCAUGGAGAUCCGAUCUCAAGUAACGGAAUUUGUUCAAGAUCGCAUCAAAGCCCUUCGUGCGAAAGACCCUGAGCAAAAGAGGUUUCAGAACAUUGGCUGUAUACGGGCCAAUACGAUGAAGUUUCUUCCCAAUUUCUUCAGAAAGGGGCAACUAUCUAAGAUCUUCAUCUGCUUCCCGGAUCCUCACUUCAAACAGCGCAAGCACAAAGCUCGAAUCGUAUCUACUACAUUAAACUCGGAGUAUGCGUACGCCUUGAAGCUGGGUGGAAUCGUGUACACUAUCACGGACGUGGAGGAUCUUCAUAAGUGGAUGGUACAACAUCUUGAAGCCCACCCGUCGUUCGAAAGGGUAUCCGAAGAGGAGCAAGAUGCUGAUGCAUGUGUGAAAGUUAUGAGGACAGAAACCGAGGAAGGGAAGAAGGUUGAGAGAAAUAAGGGGCAGAAGUUUGUUGCCUUGUUUCGGCGUUUGGAAGACCCUCCGUGGUGAUAAUCAAUUGUAACAUAGGAAACAUCGAAGUUGUAGCAAUGUCUUGAGUAGGCGACUAGGUAUCUAUCUACCUAUGGACCUAUGUAUCUGGAUAUAAAAUCAAUUUGGGACUUGGGAAGGCCAUAAAUGAAUAGUAGAGAUACCCCUGUAUG